AUGCUCUCCCAGUUAAUUUUGCUGUUUUCCACUUGUUUCAUCUUUAAUUUGGUUUCCGCUCACGUUUGUUUUUAUUGCGUUUCAUAUGCUCAUUUACUGGGGUCAAAUUUGCGAUAUCAACUUGGCUCUCAAACAGAUAUUUUCAAUUGGCCUACAGGUGCAUCUUCGUCAAGUUGCUCUAAUCCAUUAUUAGCCAUGAAUUCUCAUCAAAUCCACGUUCAGAUAUGCACAAAUUUCCACUCUGUACAACGUUAUCACUUAACAUCGCAAAUAUAA